GACGCCUGGCGCAGGCGCAGAAAGCCCCGUCGUCCCCGCUCGCGGCUGCCCUGUGGUGCACGCGCAUGGAGCGGCGCGCGAGCCUCUCGGGAGAAACCCGCGUCCUCCCCGCGCCUAGAGUGCUGUUCCGCGGCCCGGUGGAGCCGCUCAUCUUCCUGGCCAACUUCGCCUUGGUCCUGCAGGGCCCGCUCACCACGCAGUACCUCUGGUACCGCUUCAGUGCCGACCUCGGCUACAAUGGCACCCACGACAGAGGUGGCUGCAGCAACCACAGCGUGAACCCCACCAUGCAGGAAGUGGAGACCCUUACCUCCCACUGGACGCUCUACAUGAAUGUGGGCGGCUUCCUGGUGGGGCUCUUCUCGUCCACCCUGCUGGGUUCGUGGAGUGACUGUGUGGGCCGUCGCCCGCUGCUGGUGCUGGCCUCGCUGGGCUUGUUGGUCCAGGCCCUGGUGUCCAUCUUUGUGGUGCAGCUGCAGCUACAUGUUGGCUUCUUCGUGCUGGGCCGCAUCCUUUGUGCCCUCCUUGGUGACUUCAGUGGUCUCCUGGCUGCUGGCUUUGCCUCUGUGGCAGAUGUCAGCUCCCACCACAGCCGAACCAUCCGAAUGGCCCUGCUGGAAGCGUGCAUCGGGGUGGCGGGGAUGUUGGCCAGCCUCCUUGGGGGCUACUGGCUCCACGCCCAGGGUUAUGCCAACCCCUUCUGGCUGGCCUUGGCCUUGCUGAUAUUCAUGGCUUUCUACGCCGCUUUCUGCUUUGGUGAGACACUGAAGGAGCCAACACCUGCCCGGCUCUUCACGCUCCGUCACCAUCGAUCCAUUGUCCAGCUCUACAUGGCUCCGGCCCCGGAGAAGUCCAGGAAGCAUUUAGCCCUGUACUCACUGGUCAUCUUCGUAGUGAUCACUGUGCACUUUGGGGCCCAGGACAUCCUGACCAUCUACGAGCUGAGCAGACCCCUCUGCUGGGACUCCAAGCUGAUAGGCUACGGUUCUGCAGCUAGGCACCUCCCAUAUUUCACCAGCCUGCUGGGCCUGCGGCUUCUGCAAACCUGCCUGGACGACACCUGGGUGGCUGAGAUUGGCUUAGCCUUUAACAUCCUGGGGAUGGUGUUCUUUGCAUUUGCUACCAACACCCCUCUUAUGUUCACAGGUAAUGUGUGUGGGCUCAGGGACAGUUUGUCCCAGAGGUGCUGGGUGAAAAUUGGGGACCAACUACUUGCUGGUUCAUGCACUUGGAAACAUUGUGUUCCUAGCCUGCAUUGGAAGGAAGACAAGGUACGGGCUCCUCUUCCUGUCCUUACUCAUCACACCCAUUGUCCGGGCCAAGCUCUCCAAGCUGGUGAGCAGGUCGGAGCAGGGUGCUCUCUUUUCUGCUGUGGCCUGCAUGAACAACUUGGCCAUGCUGAUGGCCUCCAGCAUCUUCAACUCGCUCUACCCAGCCACUCUGAACUUCAUGAAGGGGUUCCCCUUCCUCCUGGGAGCUGGCCUCCUCUUCAUCCCUGCCAUCCUGAUCUGGAUGCUGGGAAAGGCUGAUCCUCGCUCUGAAUACCAGUAGUUUCCCCAGAGCCCCUGAUUGGCCUGGACCUGAGGACGGAGGGCAAGAGGAGCGAAGUGAACGCUGACCAACUGGAAGUGUGCACCGGGCCCACCCACAGCGGCUCCCCUCAAAGGCAGUGUCACCUUGGAUAAGGUGGUCCAGCUAGACCAGGGCCCCCACCUCACUCAUAGCUGUGCCAGCCUGUAACUCGAGGAUUGUGACCCAGACAGUCUGACUCCAGGUCAGGCAGUGGGGGAGCCCUUUGGAAUGGGGCUCUGUCCACCCUUUAUGCCAUCAAUCACAUAAAGCCCUCUGGGGGGAGGAGACGCCCUGACGGAGGUGAUGCCUUGGGGCCAGCUGAAGCUCGAGGGCUGGCAUCUCUGCUUCCGCCCAGAACCCACAGCUCACAGUGCACAGUCCACGGUGGGCAGCCACCAGCUGCUCCUUAACAAUGCGUGCCUUGCGGGGAGGAAGGCUUGUGGGAAUGGUGUGGGAGGACUACUGGCUCGGUGGAAUCAACCCCCUGGGCCUUGCAGUACCAACCAUAAUAAAGCAGUAUAAGGAAGUAUAA